GUUGGGAGGGGGGAAUGUUGCCCUCCGCCUUUCCCGGGACGUGCAGGACCUGGGGUCUACGUCAGGGUGCCAUGUCUAGUGUCCGGUUCCGGGGUGCGGCCCUCCGGCCUCCGCAGCCCCGACUCCGGAGCAGGGGGUGACCGGGUGGGUGGGAGGAGAAGGUCCGUUCCUGGGCCCCGCAGACCCCGCGCCCCUCCUCCAGCGCCGCGCCUCUCCACUUUCCUAAUGACUUUUCGGGAUUUCCCCCUCCAAGGCUCCAACUUUUCGCUUUUAUGGCUGAUCCCUUUCUCUUCCCACCCCUCUCUUUGGGGUUUUCUCAGCUGGUGUCGACCUCCCAGCCUAACCCGGAGCGCAGGCUGGGGGCCCUUCCUUCUCCGACUCUGCGAGGUGGGCCUGGGAAGGGGCCAGGCAUCUGAGUCACCUGCUGCUGGGAAGCUCAGGCGGUGUCCUGAAGGGCAGCAGGCCACAGCGGUACACAGAAUGACCCUCCAGCUUCCUUCCACGCUGAAGUUGUGUGGCUGUGUCCCAGCCCCACAGCGUGCAGGGUUUGAGGUUAAGCCAGUGGACUGUGCUCACCACUCCAGGCCCAGUGCAUACAAGGCGGCAUCCUGGGGUCUUUCUCAGGCCCUGGCUCCUGCAGGGCUGUGGACAGUCGUUGGCAAGAAGGAAAGACUCCAGGUCGUUGCUUAUUGGAGAAACGACCCAUAUUUCCCUUCUCCCUUCUGCACGCCCAUUGUCUUUCUACCUUCUCCCCUCCUCUGACAGCUGUCAGGUAGUCCUGAGUCUGCUUCUGCAUUGAGGUGGAUGUGUACAGAAGCAGAGGCCUCCUUUUGCCUUCAUUCACCUCUUGUUUGUUUAGUUUGGGGGCAAAGGUCUCCCUUGGCUGUUCACUGGGCUGUAACAGGAAAAAUAUCAGAUGGGGUCCUGCUAUCCCUCAUGUUGUCUUUCCCACUGUCUGGAGAGGUGACAAAAUGAGAGGAGGUUUUGAGCGCCCACGAAGGCUCAGUGCCUUAUGGACGUUGCCUCUCACCAGCCCUGCAGGAGAGACGUCAUUGUGCCCGUUUUAUGGAGAAGGAAGCCAGAUUGCAGAGCGCUUAAGCCACUUGUCUAAAGGCACGUGGUGCUGAGACCCUAACUCCAGAGCCUGCUCCGGUGACUGCCGGCUGCCCCCGCCUCCCCCUGCAGCCAGACCCUGUGCCGUUUCCUUGGCGCUCCAGGGCUUGUGUCUGUGGAGGUAAAUGGUUGUCCAGGUUCCUGGGCCCUGUUUGGUGGGGCUUUAAGGAGAGGUUUGCAACCUGCCAUCUAGAACAUCAGAGUCACCUCCUGUGGCAGAAGGCCUGGAGCUGCUUGUCAUCCUAACAAGGUCGGAAAAUUUGGUGAUGAUAAAAAUACCCUGAAUUUGCAAGAGCUGACGAUGCUCGCACGCUUCCUGCAGCGUUGCGUUGCCACUCCUGGCAGGGGCGGCGUAGAGAUCUUCAGGUGUGCUACAGGGGCCAGCAGCUACCAGCUCAGGUGGGCAGGGGCUUAGCAUUGGCGGCUGACUUCUUUGGCAAUUUCGGGACCAGCCAUGGCAUUGAGCUCUCAGUCUCACUGGCCACAACCAGACUGUACGGUGUAUGUGGGCUGAACUUUGCGUUGGGGCCUGAGUCACCUGCUGCUCACCUGGCGCCUGGGCCUCAGCAGUAUAUCUUGCCUUUCCUGAAUGAGGUGAUGAGCAGAGAGCUCUCUGAAAGGCAUGGGCAAGACUAGGCAUUCACACAUGCGUAUCUGACAAAUAUGGGAUGAGUGAACAUUGCCAGGCAGGGCGCCUUUGGCCACAGGGCCUACUUGGUGGUUUGGCCCCUGCCCAGCACUACCAGUCUUUUGCCCACUGAGCUAGCUCUCUCCCGGUCACCACCAGCUGAGUUCCCUUCUCUCCUCGUCCCGUUCCUUCUGAGCCUGGCGGGGCCGCCCUGUGGUGCGUGUGUUUCCAGCUGCCCUCUCAGAGCGUGCCCGUUUGGGAGGAUGCAGGGGGCUGGCCCUGGAGGGACCGUCAUGGUUCAGCAGAAUCUGGACUUUCCAUGGGUAACAGACUACGACGAAGCAGGAAGUUCUGAGAGAGAAUGCGGGCCCCCAAAGCCGUGUCCUCACCUGGAGGGGGAAGGCAAGACAGGCCACCUCUGGGGAGCCCUGAGGUUCCAUCCCAGGCUGCUGGGACCUGAUGGCUGACCUCACUGAGUCCUUCUUAUCAAACCUUGUCAAACCACCCAGGGGAGCCUGUUUGACUUAGAGGCGUGACUGGGGCUGAAGGGGGGAGAGGAACCUAGGUACCUGCUUCCUGCGGGGCCUCUGCUCUCCCAAAGCUCAGCACAAAGCAGCAUUGGUGGGGCUCAUCCUGCCCCAGCACCACUGCAGUAGCUGCCCCUUUCCAGGGACAAUGCUUCCUCUGUGACCAUUUCAUGGGGGUGGUUUUUUUCUUUCCACUUCACUUUUCAAGCCUUCCUUGUUUGUUCUGCUGCAUUCCUUUUUCCUGAUUCUAGCCUUUGGGGGCCCUGGGGAACCUCUUGGGGCCUGUAUGAGGUCCUGGACUCAGUCUUCCUGGAGCCUACAGCUGCCAGUACUUCUGUGGGGGGAGGUCCACUGCCCUGGCUUCAGUAGGGCCUUGAGCCAUUGGACAAGAGGGGGCAGGCUGGACCCUCAGGUGAUGCUGGGGAAGAGAGAGGAGACAGGAGUAGGGCGGCACAGAGGAGCGUGGACCCUCCGUAGUGCUAGGAGUCUGGGGAGAGAGCCAGGGCAGGAGGGAGCGCAUUGGAAAGAACCACAGGCUCCGCACGAGCGUUUGAGUUCCGACACGUUGGGGCACGUGUGAGUGCAGGGGAAGUGUGCUGCAGGGUUUCAGACCAGAAGCCCUGAACUGGAAGAGGACAGCUCCCACGUGCCUCUGACUGUCUGUGUUCCUUCAGGGAAGUCUGUAAAGGCUGGUGCCCCAUGACCCCAGUCAGGAAAGCCCUGCAGGAAAUGAGUGGCGGACCUGAGGCAGCUUGGGAGGGUGGCCAGGGCUGCCACUGCCUUUGCUAGAGCCUGCAUCAACUGAGGUCCUCUCCAAGGCGUUCAUCCACACUUCCUUCCCCUGGCAUCUGGGAGGACCAGCACGAUGACUGACUCCCCAUUCCUGGAGCUGUGGCAAUCCAGGGCGGUGGCCAUCCGCCAGCGGCUGGGCAUCGGGGACCAGCCCAACGACUCCUACUGCUACAACUCGGCCAAAAACAGCACCGUGCUCCAGGGGGUCACCUUCGGUGGCAUCCCCACUGUCCUGUUCAUAGACGUCAGCUGCUUCCUGUUUUUAGUAUUGGUAUUUUCCAUCAUAAGAAGAAACUUCUGGGAUUAUGGCCGCAUUGCCCUGGUGUCAGAAGCAAACAGUGAGUCCAGAUUCCAGAGACUGUCAUCUUCCUCCUCAGGGCAGCAGGACUUUGAAAGCGAGCUGGGAUGCUGCCCCUGGCUGACUGCGGUCUUCCGCCUGCAAGAUGACCAGAUCCUGGAGUGGUGUGGGGAGGACGCCAUCCACUACCUGUCGUUCCAGAGACACAUCAUCUUCCUGCUGGUGGUGAUCAGCUUCUUGUCUCUGUGUGUCAUCCUGCCCGUCAACCUCUCGGGGAGCUUGCUGGACAAAGACCCUUACAGCUUUGGGAGGACGACCAUCGCAAACCUGCAGACUGACAACGACCUCCUUUGGCUGCACACCAUCUUCGCUAUCCUUUACCUCAUCCUCACUGUGGGCUUCAUGCGGCACCAUACCCGGUCCAUCAAGUACAAAGAGGAGAACCUGGUAAGACGGACCCUGUUCAUCACAGGACUCUCCAGAGACGCGAAGAAGGAGACUGUGGAGAGCCACUUCCGGGACGCGUAUCCCACGUGUGAAGUGGUGGAGGUCCAGCUGUGCUACAACGUGGCCAAGCUGAUUUACCUGUGCAGGGAGAGAAAAAAGACAGAGAAGAGCCUGACCUAUUACACAAACCUGCAGAUGAAGACAGGCCAGCAGACCCUCAUCAACCCCAAGCCCUGCGGCCAGUUCUGCUGCUGUGAAGUGAAGGGGUGUGAGUGGGAGGACGCCAUCGCCUACUACACGCGCAUGAAGGACAGGCUGACGGAGAGGAUCACAGAAGAGGAAUGCAGGGUCCAGGACCAGCCCCUGGGAAUGGCCUUCGUCACCUUCCAGGAAAAGUCCAUGGCCACCUACAGAGAGCUCUGCAUCUCCAAGUGGACGGUCAGCUUCGCCGCUUACCCCGAAGACAUCUGCUGGAAGAACCUCUCUAUCCAGGGCCUCCGCUGGUGGUUCCAAUGGCUGGGCAUCAACUUCACUCUCUUCUUGGGGCUGUUUUUCCUGACCACGCCCUCCAUCAUCCUGUCCACCAUGGACAAGUUCAACGUCACCAAACCCAUCCAUGCGCUAAAUGACCCCAUCAUCAGCCAGUUCUUCCCAACCCUCCUCCUGUGGUCCUUCUCAGCCCUGCUGCCCACCGUCGUUUACUACUCUACGGUGCUGGAGUCUCACUGGACCAAGUCAGGGGAAAACCGAAUCAUGAUGACCAAGGUCUACAUAUUCUUGAUCUUCAUGGUGCUGAUUCUGCCCUCCCUGGGCCUCACCAGUUUGGAUUUUUUCUUCCGGUGGCUCUUUGAUAAAACUUCCUCGGAGGCCUCUGUCAGGUUGGAGUGCGUCUUCCUGCCCGACCAGGGCGCCUUCUUUGUGAACUAUGUCAUCGCCUCGGCCUUCAUUGGCAACGGCAUGGAGCUGCUGCGGCUGCCCGGCCUCAUCCUCUACACCUUCCGCAUGGUCAUGGCCAAGACUGCAGCCGACCGCAGAAACAUCAAGCAGAACCAGGCCUUCGAGUACGAGUUUGGAGCCAUGUACGCGUGGAUGCUCUGCGUCUUCACCGUCAUCAUGGCCUACAGCAUCACCUGCCCCAUCAUCGUGCCGUUCGGCCUCAUCUACAUCCUGCUCAAGCACAUGGUCGACCGGCACAACCUCUACUUCGCCUACCUCCCGGCAAAGCUGGAGAAGAGAAUCCACUUCGCAGCCGUGAACCAGGCCUUGGCCGCCCCCAUCCUGUGCCUCUUCUGGCUCUACUUCUUUUCCUUCCUGCGCCUGGGUCUGAAGGCUCCCCUCACCGUGUUCACCUUCCUGGUGCUUCUGCUUACCAUCCUGGUCUGCCUGGCCUACACCUGCUUUGGAUGCUUCAAGCACCUCAGCCCUCUGAACUACAAGACGGAAGAAUCGGCAAGUGACAAAGGAAGUGAGGCAGGGGCCCACGUGCCAUCACCGUUCACGUCCUAUGUGCCCCGGAUUCUGAACAGCUUGUCCUCGGAGAAAACAGCCCUGUCCCCGCAGCAGCAGCAGACCUACGGUGCCAUCGCCAUCCACAACAUCAGUGGGACCGUCCCACGGCAGUGCCUGGAUCAGAGCCCUGCGGACAGCCUGGUGGCCGCCCGCCAGGAGGCCUGAGGGCCGGGGAGCUGCCGGGCUGGUCCAGACCCGGGGAGUGGGGAGGGGAAGAGACACAGGUGGAGAAGUGGCUUGACUCCAACCUCAACCAAGUCAGGACUUCUUUCCACCUGUUUUAAGCACAACAGCUCUAACAAGAUGGGAGCAGAAAGGGGCUCUGGCCCCUGGCUGAGGCGGAAGUGCGGGACUGCCAUCAGGUGGUGGUCUUUUCCAGUCCUAGCGGUGGUAAGGGCAGGAUGUGCAGCUCUGGACUCUCCCUUGCUUGCCCGAGGCUCUGUUUAUUUCCAAGUCCCCCUUCUGCAUAAGUGCUCAGCUCUGUGGCCGGGAUGGUGCCCCUGAUGGUUUUCAGCAGGAUCGUGUGUUGGCACUGUGUUCCUCCAACCCAUUAGUGUGGCGACUGUAUCAAGCAAGAGGGGGAGGUACCAUGUGGAAGACCUUCUCCCUCUGAGCAUUCAGACACUGCCCCCCUCCUCCGGGCACACACGCAACUGAUAACCAGAGUCUGCAGCAACCACAGGCCUGAGAUGGGUGCCAGAUGAUGGUCCAGGUCCAUCCCAGCUUCCCCUUCUGGCUAUCAGGCCCUUCACACCCCUGCCCCCGGCCCCCAGGAGCGAGCCGCAGGGCGCAGGACGGGAGCAGGCUGGUGCUGGGCUGCCCCAGUCUCCUCUACGUCCCUGCCAUGGUUCUGUGUUUUUCUGUCACGUUGCCAGUGACACUGUGGCUGGGUCAGGGUCCCCUGCAGCUGGCAGAGACAAUGAGGACCACUAAUAAAAUGCCCAUUCAGCCAGA